UUUUUUUGAGUCAUCCAUAUUGGCAUUCAGAUCAGCAAACUGCAUCGGAGUACUGGGAAGGAUUAAAAGUGAUUGUGCAGCAAUUUGGAGUGUCUAUUUGUGAUAAUAAUUAGUGUUGUAAAAAGCUAAACCCGCCCUUCGUAUGUUGCGGGUGUUGUGCGCUACUGUAUCGGUGCGAUAAAGGGCAAAAAAGUGCGAAAUCCAAUGGUGUAAAAUCGUAGCGGGCGGAAUCCAUCCGAUAUCUGUGUUGUGCUAAAUUUCUGCUCCUGGUGGGUUGACUUGAUUGUCGCUGGCUGCGUAUUUCGACAUUGUUCUUCGACCGCUGGUUCCUUGUCCUGGCAGUUCGACCGAAGAAUAGACCACCAGCGCGCGGGGACCGAUUUAGAUACGUAUAAAGGCGAAAAAAAAAUCAGGUGUACAACAUGUCGGCGGGACCGUAUAACUAUUCCUACAUUUUCAAAUAUAUCAUCAUCGGUGAUAUGGGCGUAGGGAAAAGUUGCCUUUUGCAUCAGUUCACCGAGAAGAAAUUUAUGGCAAGCUGUCCGCACACAAUCGGCGUUGAAUUUGGUACCCGCAUAAUUGAAGUCGACAAGCAAAAGAUUAAGCUGCAGAUAUGGGACACAGCCGGACAGGAACGCUUCCGAGCGGUCACACGAUCAUAUUACAGGGGAGCGGCUGGUGCACUGAUGGUUUACGAUAUUACCAGACGGUCUACCUACAAUCACCUGUCGAGUUGGCUGACCGACACUCGCAACCUGACUAACCCAAGUACUGUGAUAUUUCUGAUCGGCAACAAGUCGGACCUGGAGAGCACCCGCGAGGUGACCUACGAGGAGGCGAAGAAGUUUGCCGAUGAGAACGGGCUCAUGUUUGCCGAGGCCAGUGCAAUGACCGGCCAAAACGUGGAAGAAGCAUUCCUGGAGACGGCUCGCAAAAUCUACCAAAGCAUUCAGGACGGCCGUUUGGACCUGAAUUCGUCCGAAUCCGGCGUACAGCAUAAACCGGCCCAGCCGGGACGAACCUCGCUCAGUGGAGAUGCGCAGAACAAUAAGGACAACUGCUCGUGUUAAUCAGAAUCUUGUGCGCACCUUUUAUUGUGGUCCAGUUUUAAGGGGAAUGAAAAUCUAUUCGAUUAUCUGCUAGUGCGCUGCCCGGUGCGCUCUGUUGUCGUUUUGCCAAAGUGAGUCCAACGGAUUUGGGGGAAGAGUCUUUAUGGAUUUUGUGUCCGUAGUGCGGAGGUUUGUAACUCAACCUUAGAAUAGAUAUAACCGAAAGUUCUUUGAUCGGAAUACAAAUCCUUUUAGAGAGUAGUUCAACUGGUAAAAGUUAUGGAGCAGUUACGAAAUGUUUAUUUGUUGUUGAUUUAGUUCUGAGUUUCUGAAACAAUCUUUGUUAUUUGCAAUACGUCCCAUAGCAAAAGAACGAUUUUAUGAUUUCCUGUACCAAUAUUUGUUAGAUAUUUUAUUUUAAACCGGUAGCGCAGCACCAGUAUGCACUACCCUAACGAAGUACGUGUAUUAUACGUGUAUGUCAAGCAUCUUAAACAAUAUUAAACCAAUGUUUACUGCAUAACGAAGUAAUACAACAGACCUAUGAUGUAGAUGAAGUAUAAACAAUUUUUGUAUAUAUGUAACCGAAUUUCGCAUGAGAGAAAAGUAUCAAUAAAUACUGUAUUACCCGAUAAGACAAUUAUGAUGAACCUGUUUGAAAAUUGGAGAUUUUGACUGUGUUUUCGAUUGCUUUUGCUAGUGCUGUUACAGCGUUUUCUCGAAAUUUUCUCAUUUAAUACUAAUAAUCGAAGCGGAUAUUCGGAAAGUAGCCACCUCCAACCAUAUUGGAAGCGUCCAUCAUUUUCUAGUACAAAGUAUAUGUUUAACACAUCCGAAUCUACAAUUUUACAUCACCAGAAUUGAAUUGCCCAUGUUUUAACGUGCAAUUUCUCGCACCUCUAUUCCAUUAUACCUUAAAACACGAUUGCGAACUGGAAAUUGCUGCAAUCUGAAAAAAGAGCCUAAUCCGGUCGUAAAAUUGAUAUAAAAAAAUAAAUAGUAAAGUUUGAAGCGGUAAAAAGUAAAAAAUCUUGAUCUUAAAAGUAAUAGAAUCCAUACUAAAGUAUUAACUGAAAGUGAACGGAGGAAGGCUAGUAAAAUGCGCCUGUGACGUGAUGUAGAUGGUAAUCAACCGUUAUUACGAGGGGAAAAAGUGAGCAUAUAAUUUUAAAAGGGAAAAGAAAAUAUUAAACGAUAGUCUUGAAUAAAACAUCAAAACUGACAUUUAGAAUCUAUCACUAGGAA